UUUCACAAACAAACACUUCUGUGCUUAUCUUUUCUCUUUCGUCAUUUCUUCUCUUUAUUUAUUUAUUUAUUUUCUCUUCCUCGACACACACCAACAACAAACACAUAAUUGUUAAAAUCUUGGUUGGACUGCUCUACACUAAAAUACUAGAAGGAUUUUUCAUCAGCAAAAUCCAGGUUCUUAAUCCAUAUAGUAUAGUUUUGUUCCAACACUACUGUUGCAGAAGUCCAAAAAGCCUCCUCAUCGAUGCUUCGGUUUUCUUAUCACGUUUUCUUGAGCUUCAGGGGUGAAGAUACCCGCAGGACAUUCACUGAUCACCUUUACACAGCUUUGGUGCAUGCAGGGAUUCACACGUUUAGAGAUGAUGACGAACUUGAGAGAGGGGAGGAUAUUGAAUCAAACCUAAAGAAGGCAAUCCAACAGUCAAGAAUUUCAAUAAUCGUCUUGUCAAAAGACUAUGCAUCUUCUAAGUGGUGCCUUAAUGAACUUGUGAAGAUACUUGAACGCAAGAGAACUGUCAAUCAUAUAAUACUUCCUGUAUUCUACCACGUGGAUCCAUCCCUUGUCAAGAACCAAACAGGGAGCUUUGCAGAAGCAUUUGAAAAACACAAGAAGGGAUUUGAGGCAGAGACCGAUGAUGGAAAACAAGAGAGGCUUGCAAAGCUAGAGACAUGGAGGGAAGCUCUGAGAGAAGUUGCGGAUUUGCCAGGGAUGAUCUUAGAAGAUGGGCAUGAAGCAAGAUUUAUUCAGAAAAUUGUGAAGGAGAUUGCAAAUAAAUUGGAUCGCACAGUCUUGAGUGUAGGCCCCUACCAAAUUGGAAUUAAUUCUCGUAUAGAAGAAAUUAAUUCCUGGUUACAAGAUGAGUCAACUGAUGUUGGCAUUGUGACGAUAUGUGGGAUGGGUGGGAUUGGGAAGACAACCAUUGCCAAAACAGUUUAUAAUCUUAACUUCGACAAAUUUGAAGGUAGCAGUUUUCUUGCAAAUAUCAAGGAAAUAUCAGAACAACACGAUGGCUUGGUUUGUUUGCAAAGAAAGCUACUUCAGGAUAUUUUGAAAGGGAAACAGAAGAAAAUUCACAGUGUUGAUGAAGGUAUUAUUAAGAUCAAAGAUGCUAUAUGCUGCAAACGAGUUUUUCUUGUGCUUGAUGAUGUGGAUAAAGUGGAGCAAUUAAAUGCGGUACUCAUGAUGCAAGAUUGGUUUUCUCCGGGAAGUAAAAUUAUCAUAACAACUAGACGUGAGCGGUUGCUAAAGGCACAAAAACUAUGUAAGGUACAUAAGGUUAAGGAGCUAAAUGAUGAUGAAUCACUUGAGCUCUUCAGUUUGCAUGCCUUUCGACAAGACCACCCCAUUGAAGGUUACGUGGAGCACUCAAAAAGAGUAGUGCAGUACUGCAGAGGGCUGCCUUUAGCUCUUCAAGUUUUGGGCUCUUCCUUACACAAUAAAAAUGUAGAUGUGUGGGAAAGUGCAUCAAAAAAAUUGGAAGCAAUUCCUGAUAGCCAGAUCCUUAAAAAACUUAAAAUAAGUUAUGACUCUUUAGAUGACCACGAUGGAAAUCUAUUCCUAGAUGUUGCUUGUUUCUUUGUUAGAAAGGACAGAGACUUCAUUAUUUCAAUACUAGAUGGAUGUGAUUUCCACACAAGAGUAGGGAUUGACAAUCUUGUUGAUAGAUGCCUCUUAACAAUUGAUGAAAAUAACAAGCUAAUGAUGCAUCAGUUGCUUCAAGCCAUGGCACGAGAAGUAAUACGACAAGAGUCACCUGAGGAACCUGAGAAAAGAAGCAGACUGAGCUUCUUCUCUUCCUUCCCUAUAUAUUCUGCCUUAAGAGAAUCAUUUGCCACAUCAAAAGAAGUAGACAUACAAACUGAUGCAUUUUCAGAAAUGUGCGAACUGAGACUGCUUCAACUCUAUAAUGUACGGGUCACUGGACAUUAUGAGAAAUUUCCCAAGAAGUUGAGAUGGUUGUAUUGGCGUGGUUGCCCUUCAAAAUAUAUACCCAAUGAGUUUCCUUUGGAGAGCUUGGUUGGACUUGACAUGCAUUACAGCAGACUGGAAUAGGUUUGGAGUGGAACAAAGUUGCUCAGAUUACUGAAAAUCCUCAAUCUCAGUCAUUCUCACCGCCUGAUCAAUACCCCAGACUUUUCAGAGAUCCCUAAUCUGGAGAGGAUAAUUCUUAAAGAUUGCAUAAAUCUGAUUGAGGUUCAUGAAUCCAUUGGAGA